UUUGCAUUCCUAAAAACGUCCGUGUUGUUUGGUUUGCUGAGGUCACCGAAAGUCGGAUAGCAGAGAUAAAUGCCCAGCGAAAGCUGUGAUUUUCGAGAAAGUGAUUCAAAAGAUAACCUGCAAUACUCAAGAUCAGAUUUGAAUGGGCAAUCAGAAAUAAAUAAAAAUCAAGUGCUCCGAAACAAUUCAAUCGAAAAUUUACUCGAUAUGCCAAUCCAUAGGAAGGAGCUGACCGAAAUAUUGUCAUUCUCUGCUCUUGUCCCUUCACUCAUACCGUCAUGUGUAUAUAGACAACUGGAUGACCAAGUUACAUCAGAAUCAAACGUCCCAAGUUUAGUCAAGCGCUACUUUGAUGAAUUUGGAUUUCGAAUAGAUGAUCUAGAAGAGAAUCUUCCAUGCCCAUUCAUCGAAUCAUCUGCUAAUCGACGUGCUUGGUUGACCUGCUUGGAAUUCUCUCAUACUCAUACACUGGGUAUAUCAAGUCUAGACGAAUACGAUGCCAGAUAUAGUUCAGUUGGAUCUACCGUCGAUGAAGAUGAUGAUCAAUUAUGGUCAAGAGUAAACUUACGUUUAGUUCAGUCACCCAGACUAACAGAACUUAUUCGAGGACAGGCCUUAGAUGUAGAAGCCCUUGCUAAAUCUGGUGAACAACUUGGGAUUCCUCAUUCUCUUCGACCUCAUGUAUGGCCCAGACUAACAGGAGCAUUAUUAAAGGCAAAAGAAUCUAAACAACGAAUCCCUUCGGUCACAUAUACUGAGUUAGUUCAACUCAGCUCUACAGACACACUUUUGGCCGGAAUUCAAAUUGAAAAGGAUCUUUUCCGCACAAUGCCAAAUAAUCUAUGCUUCCAUUCCUCAAAUUCUACUGGUAUUUCACGACUGCGUCGAGUUUUGCGUGCUCUAGCUUGGUUGUACGUGGAUGUAGGAUAUUGUCAAGGCAUGGGAUUAAUAGUUGCAAAUCUAUUAUUAUGCUUAGAAGAAGAAACAGCUUUUUGGAUGAUGUGCAGUAUUAUUGAGGAUCUUCUACCACCGUCAUAUUUUUCGUCACUUAGUUUAUUGGGUGUACAAUCUGACCAACUUGUACUGAAUCAUUUACUUCCAUUCUAUCUACCAGAAUUAGACGCACAUUUAAAAGAAUAUGAAAUAAGUCUACCGCUCAUUACGCUUCAAUGGUUUCUCACACUGUAUUCAAGUGUAUGUCCUACAGCCCUAACAUUUCGAAUAUGGGAUUUAUUAUUUUAUGAUGGUUCAGUCAUUCUGUUUCGCAUCGCCCUUGCACUUUUAUCCCACAAAAGUGAGGAAAUUUUGAGUUUGAACAAUUCAUCUCAGAUAUUCCACUCACUUUCUAAUGCACCAGGGUCAGUGACUGAUAUAAAUGAAUUGAUCAAGGUUGCCUACAGUCUAGAUGAUGAACAUUUGGAACCAUCAAAUAUCAGUAGUCUUAGACGUCAUUACUUAGCUCAGCUUAUGGUUGAUGAAGGCGCUGUAUUGAAACCAGAUUCUCGUCCUAAUUUACCUAAACAAUAUCUAGCUAAACGACAAUUUCAACGACCCAAAUCUUUAUUCACUGCAUUAUUUGCAUCUGUAGCAUCAAAUGGACAAACAUAUCGUCGAAUUACUGGCAUGGCUGUACCAUUUCAGUAUUCUAUUGGUAAUAAUGAGUUGUCACCUUCAUCAUCAUCUAUACAUUGUAAGCCUGCAUAUGUAAGUGUUAGCUUACAUGAAGGCUGUGUUGAAGCGGACGAUCCGAAAUUGAAGAAUGUGCACCAAACAGAAAUACUUGUAGAAUUAAAACAAUCGAUUCAGUUGAUUGUACGUCACUUCCGUACAAAUGAUCCUGAACAACACGGUGACGCUACAGCACAUGCAGACUAUUCAAUGGAGAGUCACAAAUUAGAUCUCGAUUCUUAUGUACAAGUUGUACAACAUCGUAGACGACGUGCCAAAGCAUUGAUCGAUUUUGAACGCUUUGAAGUAGAUGAACUGGAAUUUCAUAAAAAUGAUAUCCUAACCAUUAUUAACUCAGAUGACGAACAUUGUUGGAUUGGUGAACUAAAUGAUCAGCAAGGUUGGUUUCCCGCCAAGUUUGUUGAAUUGUUAGAUGAACGUGGAAAAAAUUAUUCUCCAGCUGGUGAUGAUGGUGUAGACAGAUUAAUUAUCGGCCUUGUUCGCGGAAGUUUGUGCCAUUCACUUGGAGCUGUAUUUUCACAUGGUUUGAAGCGACCACGUCUACUCGGUGAUACUGGUUGUCAUCCAUGGCAUUUUAUUGAAGAAGCUGCGGCUAAAGAAGUAGAAAGAGAUUUCUCUUCUGUCUACUCACGUCUAGUAUUAUGUAAAACCUUCCGAUUGGACGAAGAAUGCAAAGUCCUCAGUCCGGAAGAAGUAUUAUAUAGACAAGUUUUGUUCACAGUUAUGUUAUGGAAAUUCCGGUUUUCAGCAUCAUUUGAAUCUUCUGGAGACGUCGUUAUUCAAUAUUGUCAUAGUAUACAUAUAAGUGGUAUCCCCUUUUAGAAUUUAUUGAAUUUAUUUGAAUCAUUGUGUAAUUAUCUUUGUUUUUUGCUUCCUCAUUCUGUAUAACUAAUCACACAUUGGCCUAUUUGAUUUAAGCUACUUAUGACGUUUUUACGUAAUAAUUAAACAUAAUUUAUAGUCUAGUGUUAUUUUUCAGAAUAAUAACUAAUUAAAAUCCCAUCUUAGGUGUUUCCCUACCUUCCCCCAUUCAUAUAUUUUUCAAGAGUAUUACGUGACAUGUUUAAUUAUUUACGUUAUUUGACUCCAUUAACACGGAUCGUUUAGCGGCUUAUUGUUACUAUUACAACCAUUACUAUUAUUAUUUAUUGCUUUUAUUAUUUGCAGUGUAUACAGCCAUAAGCUACGUAACUUCAUUUUCAUACCAAACAACAUAGUUUGUCGCUAUAUUUAGCUCUACCUGUUUUUUUUUGUUGCUAUUUUAACUAUCGGAAUCACAUGCGCUUUCCCUAAAACGCCUACUCACCACGUCCAAUCCGCCUACGAAUGCUUAUGUACUGUCUAUACACAAAAACAUAUGUUUGUACAGACAAUACAUAGUAUAAACAUGUCACACGAUUUGGUUAAUGCUCAUAUGGAUAUCAAAUUUCGUUCCUUGGUCUGCUCAGGUUUAAACGAACAACUAUUACAUUUAUGGUUCGAAAUCCUUUGUUCAUCAGUUAAAGUAGUUAGUAAAUGGUAUCACCCAUGGUCAUAUCUUCGCAGUCCUGGUUGGGUUCAAAUUAAAUGUGAAUUACGUGUUCUUAGUCAAUUCGCGUUUCAUUUAUCACCAACAUAUGAAUUAAACAGUCUUCAAAAUUUUAAUCAUAGUAGACAAAAUAGUUUUACGGCGCCUAAAUUAUUUGCUUCAUCAUCGGAUAGUUUGCCGCGUCGUACCAAUAAAUCCGGCUCAAAGGUAGCAUCUACGUUGGGUAAUGCAUUAGACUUUCAUAAAGUCAAACCUUUACAACGUUUAGUGACUGCUUCAUCUGUUGUCGAUCCAAUGAAUGAUCCACCAUGUCUGUCUUUAUCGUCAAUUCUAAUACCGAACGAUGAGAACUUGAAUGAAAUAGAUAGUAAUAUAACAACGGCUGCAACAGAGACGACCGGAGAUAUGCUAGUCAAGUAUCAUCUCUUCAGCUGGGAAUUGUGACAAACGUUUUAAUACCAGCUGACUUUUUCACUCCUUGUUGUUGUUUUCCUCCAUGAUUUCACACCAUUACUCAGAAUUAGGUCUUGAACAAGACUAAUUUUUCUGUGAUUCCUUUUCUAAAUUUGUUUGUUUUUUGUUGUUUAUCAUGCCUCCUGUAUUUCUUUGUGAAUCUAAGUUUUAUUAUUUUAAACUACGGUGAACGAAUUCAUGAUUGACUAUUUUUGGUGUCUUUCGUUUGUUUAAACUUCUGCAAUCUCCUCUUAUAUAUAUAUAUAUAUAUAUAUAUAUAUAUAUAUAUAUAUAUAUAUAUAUAUAAACAAGAUGGCGAUCCGUCAUGUCAUUUCGGUACCAGUUUCGUGAUAUUUGUCUGUUAGGGGUACGUUCAAUUUUUAGUCGCAUUUUGUUGUAUACUGUUGUAAUUGUUUGCUUGUUUUCGUUAACCUUAUGGUCUUUCUUUCAUAUCACAUGAAAAAAUUUGUUUCUGCUCUCAACUUACAUAAUAAGUAGAUUCUGUUGACUUUUCAUGAUUCUUGAAACAAUAAAAAAUCUCUGUUACUUGCACCAAAAAUCAUGUUCCAUUUGUAUUUAUUCACAUUUUCUAAUUUUCAUAUAUUUACUCUUUUUCUAAAAACAAAGUAUAUAAAUAAUGUGUUAGUUUGAUUUUUUUCUCUGCCUGAAUUAUUCGAAAUAUACCCAAUAACUGCACUUUUGUAACUUGGUGUUUUGCAAUACUAAUAUUUUUUUAUAACUAUUAUGUAUAUCUAAACAUGUAUUUUGGUCGUGCAUAAUGUCUGACAAAGUGUUAUCGACUGAAUGUGAUAUAAUAACUAAUCGUUUCCUUUUUUUUCAAGCGAACUAUUUUGUGAGAUUUUCAAAGUUUUUUCACAUCGUGUGAAUGCUUGUCUAUGUGCUAUCACUACACAAAUAUCUAUGAAUCGUUUGUUUAUGAUUGCAGUCUUGUGUCGUUCGUGUCUUUUCGUUUGGUCUAUUCAUUCAUUUCCCUUUUUUGCUUCAUUUGCAUUGUUGUGCUGACAAUACGUACAUGUAGGUUUUCAUUUUUCUUUAUUUUCAUUCUUCCUCCAGCCCCCUCCUCACUUUCCUAACAUUUUGAUCUACUUUUCAGUGUGUUGUCAGUCAAACUGUGAUUUAAUAGAUUAAAUUUCUGUUUGUGUGCAUUAUUUGUUUACUGUUUGUUAAAAAAAGUACAAAAAACCGUUCAUGUUUUCCUUUAUCUUUUCUUAGUCGUUUCAAUCAAAAUUAAGACUAAUAAAAUUCGAAAAAUUGCCCCCUUACUACACCACUUUUUCAAUCGUGUAUUCCAGGUGAACUUUCGACUUUAUAAUAUAGAAGAUUCCCAUUAUGAAAAUUAAAACAACACACGUAAGCGAAUAAUUAUUUUCAAUGAGAUCGUCAUCAGGCUUUACUCUA